UCUUUAAAGGAGUGUUGUAACCACAGUCCUAGGUAGCUCAGUGGUUUGUUUGAUGAAUGUUUUCAAUUUGGUCUUGGGUUCGAUUAUUCCUCACUGUGAAUGAUGUGGAAUACAUGAUGUGGCGAAAUUGGAUGACAAGGAAGAAAAUACCAUGUUUUGGGAAAUAAGAUUAAAAGUACCCUUAAUUGGGAAAUAAGAUUGAAGACCACCCUCAUUUGGGAAAAAACUCAUUGAUGACCAGGGAAGCAAAUCUAUUACUCAUUUCCUUAGUAGUGGCUUUGUUAUUUAAAAUGUAUUUUCCUUCUUUAGUUUUAUUCUUUCCUUUGGUCACUUCCUUCCAUGAAUAACGUUUUACCAACAUAUGCUGCCCAAAUUUAUCACCCUUCAUUUCGUCAGUAUUAUUCCUUACCAUGACGGUGUCCUCUGUACUUGUCGUUUCCUCAAGGAUCACUGCCGGUUGUGGCCGACGGGAGCAGAUUUCCUUACGAUGGCCAUACUCCCCACAUUCAAAAACAUAUCGUGUGAAGACCCUCAUAUUCAAUGGCUUGCUUUCGUUUCCCAAUCCAGGCGUAAGGCACCAGAGGCUUUAGCAUGUCAAUUUCCACUGCCGCUCUAGCAAAUCUCCCUUUAGCUACAGACAUUGUAGUCCUAUCAAGCUUUAACGGGGUUCCUAGUUUUUCAAGUGUUGCUUUGAUGAUGUCUUCCACAAAAUAUUCAGUGGGGAGACCAAGAAGACAGGCCCAAACUGCCAUCUUCUCAGGCAGCAAAGGAAGGCUCAAAAUUGGGUACCCAUCUCUAUACAAUAAUGUAAUGAUCGAAAACCUUCCAGGGGUCUUCCAUCAGAAUAUGAAAACAGUCUCUCUGCAAAUCGACUUUAAUGGUAUAACAUCCAAAUCCCAGGUCUAUGAACUCCACUCUACCAUGAGGGUUCCACAAACGACGAAGACGAUUUUGGAGGAUGGGAAAAGGAACCUUACUCAAAGUUUUCACGAUCAAAGCUUUCCUCCAUUGUAACCUAAUCUCCUUUUUCCGUUCCUUAGGAAUAAUCACCUUAAGGAAAAUCAUCCUUAUCAAUCUGGAAAUCUUCAUCAUCUGAUACUUCCUCCCCGACUUCCAUACGCCAGUCCGUCGUGUUCUCUUCAGGAACCCCCAAGUGUGAAGCAACUGUCUCUGCAAAUGAUCGCUUACCAAUUCCAGUCAUACCUGCCUGUUUGAUCUUUUUGGUGGAACUUGGAGAUGAUCUCCCUCCUCCACUGAGGGAGGCGGUGAUGAUGUAUUCCCUUGCAAGUUGGAACUCAUAGCUUCCCC